AUGAGGCUGGCUAUAAUCGUGGUUUUCGGGUUGGCAUAUAUAAGCGGAGUUUGUUCCGUUUGCUGCACCUCAGUGGCGAUCCUCAACUUUAAGAUCCGCGGAGGGGUCUGCGGUGCAGUGGGAGCCGAGAGUAAUGGCAGUGGCUGCAAAGUCCCGAUUUGUGCCAAUGGCGAACCGCUCGUGGGAACAUAUUGUGGCAAGGCAGCUUGUGAUAUAUUCGGAUGCCAAUGCAUCAAGGGAUGCCUGCAAGGAUCCUUUGCCCAGGACUUCUUAAAGAAAAAUCAUUUAUAUGGCAUCGACUUGUUGGGCACAGAAAUGGUUGAAUCUUGCUACCUGUGUAGAUUCUUUCGAAUUAAAAAAAAAUAA